CGCUGUGUCCUACGGACACAGCUGAUCACGAAAUGUGGUAAUAGGCCAAUCAUACCGGCCUUUUACCACGUGAUCACCGGUGUCCAAUGACACGCUGAUCACAGGGAAAUGCAAGUGCCGGGCACUGAUGAUCAGUGCCCUGAUGAUCGGUGCCCAGCAGUGCCACCCACAAGUUCCGCCCACCUGUGCCCAGCAGUGUGCCCACUAGCUCCGCCCACCUGUGCCCAGCAGUGCGCCCACCUGUGCCCAGCAGUGCACCCACCUGUGCCACUCUGCAGUGUCACACACCUGUGCCCA